AUGUUGGAUUCUUUACAAAUGCUCGAACAGCCGGCAGUGGGCCAUGGUGAAGAGCAGCGCAAACAAGCCCUUCUCCCCGUCACCGUGCUCAGUGGCUUCCUGGGAGCCGGCAAGACCACCCUUCUGACGCACAUGCUCCAGAACCAAGAGGGUCUCCGGGUGGCUGUGAUCGUGAAUGACAUGGCUUCGGUCAAUAUCGAUGCCCUCCUGGUGAAAAGCGGCGCCGAGAUAUUGAAAGGCAAGGACAAGAUGGUGGAGAUGCAGAAUGGCUGCAUUUGCUGCACGCUGCGGGAGGAUCUAAUUGAGAACGUCAAGAAGCUAGCUGUGGAGGGUCGUUUCGAUUACCUCCUUAUCGAAAGCACUGGCAUCUCGGAGCCUAUGCCGGUGGCCACCACCUUCGUUAGCGAGUACGAUGGUAAAAGCCUUCUUGGCAGUGUCGCCCGUUUAGACACCCUGGUGACCGUGGUGGAUGCACUGAACUUCUUGAGGGACUAUGAGAUGGGUCAGAUGCUCGUUGAUAGGGAGGAGCUGGGAGCAGAAGAGUCGGAUCGGCGCACCAUUGCGCAGCUGCUGGUUGACCAAGUAGAAUGCGCCAACAUCAUCGUCUUGAACAAGGUCGAUUUGCUCUCGGAACAAAGAACCUUGCACGUCGAGGGCCUCCUGAAACGGUUGAACCCGAAAGCACGGAUCAUCCGUUCGACCUUCGGGAAAGUGGACCUCAAGCUGCUCUUCAAUACCAAGAGCUUCAACAUGGACGAAGCACAGGAGAUGCCAGGUUGGUACCAGGAACUGCAGGGCAACCAUGUGCCCGAGACGGAGGAGUACGGCAUCUCCAGUCUCGUUUUUCGCAUGCAGAGACCCUUCCACCCGCAGCGGCUGGAUGGCCUUAUUUGUCAUGGGCUGGAUGAUCGCAUCAUGCGCUCCAAAGGUAUUCUGUGGGUUGCCGGCCUGGAUAGAUCCUUGAUUUGGCACCAGGCGGGCCGCACGAAGAGAAUUGAGGCCGGCCCCUAUUGGCUCCAUGGCAACGUCGAUCUCUUGGAGUGGCCCGCG